AUGGCCUUUGCAGCCUCCCUGGACGACCUCCAAGCAGAGGCUGGCUGUCCCAUCUGCCUGGAUUACCUGAAAGACCCAGUGACCAUUGACUGUGGCCACAACUUCUGUCGCCAUUGCAUCUACCAGUGCUGGGAAGGUCUACCGGACAUCUUCCCCUGUCCCAUCUGCCUUCACCACUGCCUGGACAGGAAUUUCAGGAGGAACCCUCAACUAUGUCACAUGAUUGAUAUUGUUAAGCAACUUCUCACCACAAGGACCAAGAGGAUCCCAAAGGAAGAGAAACCCCUGUGUGAGAAACACAACCAGGUUUUGGCCCUGUUCUGUGAGAAGGACCUGGAGCUGCUGUGUCCCCAGUGCAGAAUCUCCUCCAACCACCAGGAUCACCACCUCAUCCCCAUUGACCAAGCUGCAACUAGUCACAGGAAGAAGCUCAAAAGCUGCAUUGAGCCCCUGAGGAAGCAAGUUGAAGAUGCUGAAAAGCAAUCAGAAAUGCAGGCUUCAAAGUCAUUUAAGUUGUGAAGCAAGGUGGAAAAUCAGAAAAAGAAAUUAAACUUUGAAUUUAAACAACUUAAGCAGUUACUGGGUAAGGAGCAAGAUGCCAUUUUUUUGGAAUUACUGAUAGAAGAGAAGGAAGUUACUGACAAACUCAUUGAAAACAAAACCUUACUCUCAGACCAUAUUUCCACUCUAAAAAAUCUGCUAAGUGAAAUAACAGAAAAGUGUGUGCAGGCAGACCCAGAGUUACUGACAAAUAUGAACAGUAUCCACAACAGGUGUGAGGACCUAAAGACACCAGCAGUGUUUUCAUAUGAGUUAAAGGAAAAGAGUUUGUGUCUCCCUCCACAACCAUUUGGCCUGCAAAAGAUGAUGAACAUAUUUAAGGCAGAUUUGACACUUGAUCUUGAAACUGCCCACCCCAAUCUCAUCAUAUCAGAAGACAGAAAAAGCGUGAAAUAUGGAAAGAUGAAAUUAAAUUUGCCCUACGGUCCCAAGAGAUUUACUUUUUAUCCAGCUAUCCUGAGUGCUGAAGGAUUUGAUGUCGGCAGACAUUUCUGGCAGGUUGAAGUAAGAGGCACAGGUGAAUGGGCUGUAGGCGUGUGUAAAGAAUCUUUACCCCGAAAUGCAACUAUGUCAGCAUCAUCAAAGGAUGGAUGCUGGCAAAUUCAGCAGUGGACUAAUACAUGUGGUACAUAUGAUACAGUAAACCUCAUGCAGAUUGGUAUUUUCCUGGAUUAUGAGUUGGGAGAGGUUUCGUUCUAUAAUAUGAAUAUUAGAUCUCUUAUUUAUACAUUCACUGAUACGUUCACAGAAAAACUGAGGCCUUAUUUCUCUACUGGACCUAUUUCAAACUCACUUGCAAACUGUAAAGUCACAGAUGAAUGGUGA